AUGUCUUCAGAUCAGCAGCGUGGUUUCUACACCGCUCGGCGGAAUGGACAACAGGUGGACUUAGCUCUCGAGAAGCGCCUGAUGGUGGUCCUAGUACAGUCACGAUGCCACUACAUUGACCAUGAUGAAGUGCCUGAUGCCGUGUAUAGGGACAUCCUACUGCGGACAGGCUACUGCACUGGAAUACAGGCAGACGCUUUGAUAAGCAAACUACCAGUUGUACUCUUCCACCUCUUCCCUAGUGGUGAGAUCUCCCAACACCCCGUCAACGACGUGGCAAGGGCGGUCUGUCAGGUCUAUCAAGGGGAGGCCAGGGAAUACAACGAAGCAGCAGCAGCAGCAGCGUCGUCGUCUUCCUCGUCUUCGCAGUACUACAAGCCUCCACACGAAGCGGUGUCCCCCGAUAGACCUGAGGCGGACUUCCAACGAGACUCCUCCCCUGAAUGGUCGGGAAGGUCAACAGGGGUGGUCCCCCAGGCCUCUGCUGACCUUAGGGUCUCUCGUACCAGGCAGACCUACUACCCGGACCAGGCCCAGUCCUCUGUCGAAUACAAUAAGCCGUUAACCCAACAUCAACCUCACGAUAGUAGCCAUCGCCCUAUCAUCUCGGGGAGCAAAAUGACCGCUGAGGAAAUUGGAAUGGAAGGCCAUGGCGAAAUUCGGGCCCGCACAGGCUUGUCUGUUAUGUUCACAACAACAGCCAUCCCUGCGCCCUUGUCGAGGGAGCUGGAGAUCCGCCUUAUGGUCUUUAUAGUGCAGGUUUUAGGGAAGGCCCCUGACGCCACUCACGAGGAGUUGAAGGACGUGCUCAUGCGUACAGGGCAUUGUACGGGCAUCCAGGCCAAGCUGCUGUUGGAGAAGUUGCCGGUCAUUUUGGUGUACCUCUUUGAUGGGGACGAGGUGACUGAGUAUUCCAUCUCCGAUGUAGCGGCUGCUGUGUGCCAAAUCUACGAACAAGAGGAUGAGUUUCGACAGGAGGUUGCUGAGCAAGUGGAUGAGCCCAAGAAGGGCCCAUGCCCCUACCCUACAUCUGAGUACGGCUUUGAUCUUCACUAUCACCAGCAGGGCAGUGUUGAGGUGUGGAGGCGUGUUGGUGGCCAGCUGGCGCUCGUUGAUGCUGAUGAGGAAGAUCGACCAAGGGCACCAAUAGCAUGUCGGGCGGCCUCACCGGAGCGGUCAGUACCCAGGCCUUGGCAGGAUAUGGGAAGUGGCGGAGGAGUGGUAUCAUUGGUGACACAUGAGACGCCACCAGAGUCCACGACUAGGACCGGCCCACGUGGGGUCCAUAGGGGGUACGUCCCGGUGCCGACGGGGCGUCUUGAUGCUACCUCAGAGAAGCUAUGGGAGAGCUGCUGUUGUGAUGCCAGGAUGCUUUCUAUGGGAAAGGAGGCGUUUGAGAUUGCAAUCGCCUUGGCCCUAUCGAAAGGCUAUCGACUAUUCCGGGCUAAACGUGAUGAACCAGCACGGGAGGAGUAUUCAGCUAGGCAGCACGGGCUGAGGAAGGGCAUGCUCUUGGUGCUGACCAAGGCGGACAACAUAUGGGCUUGGGGGUAUGCCUUGGACGAUCCCAAGUGCCUCAAGUACUUCCCUGUGGACGGCCACCGAGUUGACGAGAUUCGCAUGGGCUGA